AUGAAACCCUUAUCGUCUCUCCUGCUCAGCGCCGCGCUCUCAGCGGCAGCUCCUCCGCACCCCGCAUCUCCGCAGGCGCCUCUAGCAGAUAUCCCCAGCAUCGUGGGAGAGACUCGGACAGAGUUCAGCCAAAACUCUCUGGACAACGUGGUAAAUGCCUCGCCUCUACUCUCGUUCCAUCGAGACCUCGUCUCAAUCGAGUCAAUCUCCGGAAACGAGGGCGCAGCGGGCGCCUUUGUGGCUGAUUUCCUGGAAUCCCACAACUUCACCGUGAUCAAGCAGCCCGUCACCACGGAGUCGGAUGCACGCUUCAACAUCUUCGCAUUCCCCAAGUCCCAAUCCCAUUCCCUGGAUGAGUUGCACCCGAGCCACGGCCCCAGAUCCUCCUCACCAGCCACAUUGACACCGAACAUCCUCAUCGCCGGCCGCGGUACCGUAGACGCCAAAGGCAGCGUCGCGGCCCAGAUCUUCGCCGCGCUCGACACUCUCGCUGCCCAGCCCUCCGCCCCCCUGGGCCUCCUCUUCGUCGUCGGCGAGGAAACCGGCGGCGACGGCAUGAAGGCCUUCUCGCAGUCUGCAGACCUCAACCCUUCCCCAAGCCGCUUCCACACCGUCAUCUUCGGCGAACCCACCGAGCUGGCCCUCGUCGCCGGCCACAAGGGCAUGCUGGGCUUCGAGGUCGCCGCACACGGCCGCGCCGCUCACUCCGGGUAUCCCUGGCUAGGCGAGAGCGCCAUCUCCGCCAUCCUGCCGGCGCUGGCGCGCGUGGAUCAGCUGGGUGAUAUCCCCGCGAGCGAGGGCGGCCUGCCCGCCAGCGACAAGUACGGUCGCACGACGGUCAACAUCGGGCAGAUGGAGGGCGGCGUCGCGGUGAACGUGGUGCCGAGCGAGGCACGCGCUGGCGUCGCCGUGCGGCUGGCGGCGGGGACGGACGACGAGGCGCGCGAGAUUGUCCUCAAGGCUGUCCGGGACGCGACGGGCGGCGAUGACCGCGUGGUUGUCAAUUUCAGUCUGGAGGGAUAUGGCCCGCAGGAUUUGGAUACAGAUGUGGCCGGGUUCAACGUCACUACCGUCAACUACGGGACGGACGUGCCGAACCUGCAGCUCCAUGCCCGUCCGGACGGCAAGGUCAAGCGGUACCUCUAUGGACCGGGGACUAUCCACGUUGCGCACGGCGAUAACGAAGCGUUGACCGUUGCGCAGCUGGAGGAGGCCGUGCGCGGGUAUAAGAAACUGAUUCAGGCGGCGCUGGACCGGUCGACCUCGUAGACUAGAAAGAGUGGUAGAAACAGCCUCGUUACUGCAUUAUGCUAUUUCGAAAACA